AGGAUUCAUGGAAACGUAGCCAGCACUUCUCCUUUCAAUUUUCUAAUGUUCUCUUUACCCAUGCCUCCCCUUAUUUAUAUCCCCCAAGGUUAUUAAACACUCCGCAUGAGAUACUUAACUAGUUUUUUAGAGAGUCUUCUUGUUGGGGACCAUUUUCUCAACUUAGGACCAUCAAUAUUGCAGAGAGAAAAACAUGGGAGAUACGCUGCGCCUAGCAGUGGGAGUCAUGGGUAAUGCAGCUUCUCUGUUGCUUUUUUCAGCACCUAUAUUAACUUUCUGUAGGGUCAUCAGGAAGAAAAGCACUGAAGAGUUCUCAUGUGUUCCUUACACCAUUGCACUGCUAAACUGUCUCCUUUACACAUGGUAUGGGUUGCCUGUCAUAAGCUACAGAUGGGAAAAAUUCCCUGUGGUCACCAUCAAUGGAUUAGGGAUUCUUUUUGAGCUUUCCUUCAUUCUCAUAUAUUUAUGGUUCUCUUCAGCCAAAGGAAAGAUGAAGGUUGCUAUCACAGUGAUACCUGUCAUCCUCGUGUUCUGCAUCACGGCAGCUAUCUCAUUGUUUUCUUUCCAUGAUCACCACCAUCGCAAGAUAUUUGUCGGGAGUGUUGCUCUUGUGGCCUCUGUGGUCAUGUAUGGUUCUCCACUAGUGGUUGUGAAACAAGUGAUAAAGACGAAGAGCGUAGAAUACAUGCCAUUCAACCUUUCGUUUUUCUCUUUCCUUUCAAGUUCUCUUUGGAUGGUAUAUGGACUACUGAGCCAUGAUCCCUUUCUCACGUUCCCAAAUCUUGUUGGCAUCCCCUUAGGGAUCCUCCAACUUGUGCUGUACUGCAAGUACAGAAAAAGAGGAAUCAAGGAAGAAUCACACAAAUGGGAUCUGGAAAUUAGGAAUGAAGAGAAAUCCAAACAGUUGCAGCUAGUGAUUAACGACAGUAAUAAUGACAAAAGUUAACAAAAUUAUGGUGUAUUUCAUUGCGAAUAAUUUUUCCUGAACUUCAGAGAGGCAGUAAGAGCUGCUGAAGUUAAGAAAAAAGGAGCUCUUGCGGUGACAGAUGUUUAUGAUAUAUAAAAUUUACUAAUGUUGUAAAAUUAAUAAAAUACCAUGAAGAAAAAAGUAAAAAGAACUAUGGUAGAGACUAAUGUAUCUGAUGUACCACUAUAAUUGACAGCUGUUUUCCACAAAUGAGUGUAAAUAAAGGAGCAGCAUUUUCCAAUGAAA